GAAACGUUGGAAAGUCUGUUGAAGUCUGAACACAUGACAGAUGAGAUCAAAACUCAGUUAAAUGAUCUUUGUAAAUUUUCCAGAGAUUUGAGUACUCAUUCUUCAAAAGUUUCAGGGUUGAUUAAGGAGUACAACAGCCUCUGCCUGCAAGCUUCAAAAGGAUGUCAGAGCAAAGAGCAGAUCUUGCAGCAAAGAUUUCGGACGGCUUUCAGGGACUUCCAGCAGUGGCUGGUCAACGCAAAAGUCACCACAGCCAAAUGUUUUGACGUACCUCAAAGUAUUAAUGAAGCUUCAGCAAGUCUGCAGAAGAUACAGGAAUUCUUAUCAGAAAGUGAGAAUGGACAACAAAAACUAAAUGUGGUAGCAUCCAAAGGAGAACUGCUGUGCUCUGUUUUACCAAAGGAAAAGGCUAAAAUUAUCCAAGAGAAAUGUGCUACUGCUAAAGAAGACUGGAAAAAUUUUAUCACCACCCUCCACCAAAAGGAAUCUGCAUUGGAGAACUUAAAGGUCCAGAUGAAGGACUUUGAAGCAACUGCUGAGCCUCUGCAAGAGUGGCUGACCACAACUGAGAAGAUGGUACAAGGAAGCAGCAGUCGGCUCCAUGAUCUUCCUUCCAAGAGGAGAGAACAGCAGAAGUUGCAGUCUGUCCUUGAGGAAAUAAGCUGCCACGAGCAUCAGCUCAACAGGCUAAAAGAGAAAGCUCAGCAGCUGUGGGAAGAGCAAGCUGUCAGCAAAAGCUUUAUGCGCAGAGUGUCUCAGUUGUCUUCUCAAUAUCUUACUCUAAGCAAUCUGACAAAGGAGAAAGUUUCCAGAAUGGAUAGGGUUGUAGCAGAGCACCAGCAGUUUUCACACAGUGUCAAGGACCUUCAGGACUGGGUGGCUGAUGCAGUUCACAUGCUGGAUUCUUACUGUCAUCCCACUGCAGACAAGAGUGUUCUGGACAGCCGGAUGUUAAAGUUGGAGGGACUGCUAGCAGUGAAACAAGAAAAAGAAAUCCAAAUGAAAAUGGUUCUGUCAAGAGGAGAAUCUGUUCUGCAAAAUACUUCUCUGGAGGGAGUACCAGUGAUUGAACAACAGUUGCAAACCCUGAAGGACAGUUGGGCUUCUCUUCUGUCUGCUUGUAUCCAGUGCAAGAGUCAACUGGAAGGAGCUCUUUCCAAAUGGACAAGUUACCAGGAAGAUGUUCGUCAGUUUUCGAGCUGGAUGGAUAAAGUAGAAGCAAGUAUGAAUGCUUCUGAAAGACAGUAUGCUGAACUGAGGGAAAAAACGGCUGCCCUCAGCAAAGCAAAGGUGUGUUUUCUUCACAACAAACCAGGAACAAGCCCAGAAAAGGGCUUUAUAAAAAGGCUGAAUAACUGCAAGCUACUCAGUGAAGAGGUGUUGAGUCACAGCAGGCUGCUGGAGACAAUUGAGGUGAAAGGAAGUGGGAUGGCUGAGCAUUAUGUCACUCAGCUUGAACUUCAGGACCUUCAGGAGCGGUAUAAGCUGCUCAAAGACAGAACAAAGGAGGCAGUAACAAAAGCUGAGGGACUGCUUAACUUACAUCAAGAGUACCAAAGGAAUCUGAAGGCCUUUGAAGUAUGGCUGGAGAAGCAACAGGAAAAUCUUGACUGUUUAUCACAUCUAAAUGGUGAUGCCCAGAAACAGGAGGCUACACUCCGAGACUUACAGGAGCUGCAGGUCCACUGUGCAGAAGGACAAGCAUUACUGAAUGCUGCUGUCCAUGCCAGAGAGGAAGUGAUUCCCUGGGGCAUUCCCCAGGUAGAAGACCGAACCCUGGAAUCCUUACGGCAGGAUUGGCAAGUUUAUCAGCACAGGCUUUCUGAAGCAAGAAGCCAAUUAAAUGCCACUGUGAGCAGGCUGAGGUUAAUGGAGAAAAAAUUUCGGAAGGUUAAUGGCUGGCUAACAGACCUGGAGGAGAAAAUUGCAAUCAGGACUGGGAGGCAGUCUGGUAGAGCAACAAAGGAGAUGCAGCUUCAACAAAUGAAGAAGUGGCAUGAAGAAAUUACAGUCUACAAAGAUGAUGUGGAGGAAGUUGGGGUGUUAGCUCAGCAAAUACUAGAGGAAAGUCUCACUACAAGUAGAAUGGGAAGCCAGGCUACGCAGCUUACAUCUCGCUACCAAACUCUUCUUCUUCAUGUCUUGGAGCAAAUAAAGUUUCUGGAAGAAGAAAUACGCUGCAUGGAGGAGUCAGAAUUGGCUUUUAGUGCUUACACGAAUUGGUAUGGAGCUACUAACAAGAACUUCAGAAAUAUGAUCACCAAGUUUGACGUGAUUGAUAAAACAGCAAUGGAGAAAAAAGUACAGAAACUAGAGCUGCUGUUGAGUGAUAUGGACAUAGGCCACAGUUUACUGAAAUCUGCCCGUGAGAAGGGGGAGCGAGCUAUAAAGUACAUGGAAGAGAAUGAAGUUGACCAGUUAAGAAAAGAAAUUGGAGAUCAUGUGGAACAGCUUGAAGAGCUGGCUGGCUCCAUCAGAAAAGAGCAUAUGACUUCGGAGAAGUGCCUUCAGCUGGCAAAGGAGUUCUCAGACAAGUACAAAGCACAAACUCAGUGGGUCACGGAGUACCAAGCCAUGUUACAUGUUCCAGUAGAGCCAAAGAGCGAACUCUAUGAGAAGAAGGCCCAGUUGUCCAAAUACAAGUCCAUACAACAGACUGUUCUGUCCCAUGAGCCUUCAAUAAAGUCAGUGAUUGAAAAGGGAGAAGCACUCUCUGAUCUGGUGAAUGAUGAGACUCUAAAGAAGAACAUUCAAGACCUUCAGAGCGGUUACCAGGAACUCUGCAGCACAACAAAGGCAUACGUUGAAACCUUAGAGGUGAGAGUAAAAGAACAUGAGGAUUACAAUAGUGACUUACAAGAAGGGGAGAAAUGGUUAUUACAUAUGUCCAGCAGGUUGGUCAGCCCUGACCUAAUGGAGAGUAACAGUCUUGAAAUAAUCACUCAGCAGCUAGCUAACCACAAGGCUAUCAUGGAAGAAAUUGCAGGCUUUGAAGAUCGUUUGAACAACCUUAAGAGUAAAGGUGAUUACUUGAUCAAUCAAUGCAAAGAACAUCUUCAACCAAAAUUUAAGCAAAACAUACAAAGUCAUCUUCAGGGAACAAAGGACAGCUAUUCUGCCAUAUGUAGCACAGCCCAAAGAGUGUACCAAAGUUUGGAACAUGAACUUCAGAAGCAUGUUAAUCAUCAGGAUACCCUACAACAGUGCCAGACUUGGCUGUCCACAGUGCAGUCAGAGCUAAAGCCAACUACCUGGCCUCCUUUCAGCCUGGCAGAUGCAAUUAAACAGGUAAAACAUUUCCGGGCUCUGCAGGAGCAGGCCAAUACAUAUUUGGAUCUUCUGUGCUCCAUGUGUGAUCUGUCAGAUGCCACAGUGAAGAGUACAGCAACAGAUAUUCAACAGACCAAACAAACGAUUGAGCAACAGAUAAUGCACUCACAGUUUUUGGCUCAAGGUUGGGAAGAGAUCAAACAAAUGAAGGCUGAGCUAUGGAUAUAUUUCCAGGAUGCAGAUCAACAAGUACAGAAUUUGAAAAGGAGACGAGCAGAGUUAGAGCUAAACAUUGCCCAGAAAAUGGUACUCCAGGUUAAGGAAUUCAAUCAGAAGCUACAGUCUAAGCAGUCGGCUCUUACUUCUGUGACUGAGAAGAUGAACAAACUGACCCAAGGACAAGAAUCACCUGAACACAAAGAAAUAGGAGAACUGAGCAAUCAGUGGCUGGACCUCUGCCUUCAGGCACACAGUUUGCUCAUACAGAGGGAGGAGGAUCUGCAGAGGACAAGGGAUUACCAUGAUCGCAUGAAUGUAGUUGAAGUUUUCUUGGAAAAGCUCACAAAAGAGUGGGACAACCUGGCUAGAUCUGAUGCUGAAAGUACAAAUGUGCACCUUGAAGCUUUGCAAAAUUUAGCACUGGCACUACAGGAAAGGAGAUUUGCUCUGGAAGAUUUGAAAGAUCAGAAACAGAAGAUUAUAGAACAUCUGAAUCUUGAUGACAGAGAAUUAGUGAAGGAGCAAUUCAGUCAUUUUGAGCAACGCUGGACUCAGCUGGAGGACCUUGUCAAAAGGAAAAUUCAAGUUUCUGUUUCAACCUUAGAAGAGCUCAGUUUGGUGCAUUCAAAAUUUCAGGAACUAAUGGAAUGGGCAGAGGAGCAGCAACCCAGUAUCUCAGAGGCUCUUAAACAGAGCCCUCCUCCAGAUUUGGCUCAGAGUCUUCUCACUGAUCACCUUACCGUUUGCAGUGAGCUUGAAGCCAAACAGCAUGUUCUGAAGACGCUUGUGAAGGAUGCUGACAGAGUGAUGACCAACCUAGGGCUCAAUGAAAGGCAGGAGCUGCAGAAAGCCCUUUCUGAUGCACAGCACCAUGUAGAUUGUCUCAGUGAUCUGGUUGGCCAGAGGAGAAAGCACCUCAAUAAAGCAAUGUCUGAAAAGACUCAGUUUCUCAUGGCAGUCUUUCAGGCUACAAACCAAAUUCACCAACAUGAGAAGAAGAUAACUUUUCCAGAACACAUUUGUCUGUUGCCAGAAGAUGUGAACAAACAGAUUAGGACUUGUAAGAAUGCCCAGGCUAACCUGAAGGCCUAUCAGAAUGAUCUCACGGGGUUGUGGGCUCAAGGAAGGGAUUUAAUGAAAGAAGCACCUGAACAAGAAAAGAGUGAAGUGCUGGGUAAACUGCAAGAACUACAGAAUGUAUAUGACACUGUUUUACAAAAGUGUAACCAGAGAUUGUUAGAAUUGGAGAAAAAUAUAGUUUCCAGGAAAUAUUUCAAAGAAGACUUGGAUAAAGCUUGCCAUUGGCUAAAACAAGCUGAUAUUGUCACUUUCCCAGAAGUCAAUGUAAUGAAUUCGAACUCUGAACUAUACAGUCAGUUGGCAAAAUAUCAGCAGAUCCUUGAGCAAUCCCCAGAAUAUGAAAAUCUGUUACUUGCACUGCAAAGAGAUGGCCAAGAAAUCCUACCAUCUCUUAAUGAAGUGGAUCAUUCUUAUCUGGAUGAAAAACUUAAUAUUCUCCCUCAGCAAUUCAAUGUUGUCACUGCUCUGGCAAAAGAAAAAUUAUAUAAGGUUCAGGAAGCAAUUUUUGCCAGGAAAGAGUAUGCCUCUUUGAUUGAGUUGACAAGUAAAGCUCUGACUGAGCUAGAAGAUCAGUUUAUUAACCUGGACAAAGCUCCAGCUGCUGUUUUAGCCAAAGAAGCUGUAUCACUUCAGCAGGCCUACAAAGAUGUCUUAGGUGAAGUGGUGAGCCUUAGUGCAGCAGUGGAUGAACUAAACCAGAAGAAGGAGGCCUUUCGAAGCACUGGCCAGCCAUGGCAAUCAGAUGAGAUGUUAAAACUUGUCACGCUAUAUCACAAGUUGAAGAGGCAAAUAGAACAGAAAAUCAACCUGUUGGAAGACACAAUUGAAGCGUGUCAGGAGCAUGAGAAAAUGUGUAUGCAGCUGGAGGCACAACUAGAGGCGGUGAAGAAGGAGCAAAUUAAGGUAAAUGAAGAAACACUCCCAAUAGAAGAAAAGUUGAAAAUGUACCAUUCUCUGGUGGGCAGCUUGCAGGACUCAGAGAGUCUUCUGAAGCGAAUAACUGAACAUCUAGAAGGCUUUUCUCCUCAGCUUGACUCAUCUGCAUGUAAGACAAGAAAUCAACAAGUGCAGUCUUGGCAAGAGAAAUUAAAAUCUUUGCAUGCUGCCAUUGGUGACACCGUAAUGGAGUGUGAAAACAGACUGGUACAAAGCAUAGACUUCCAGACAGAAAUCUGCCGUUCACUUGACUGGUUAAGAUGGGUGAAAACAGAACUUAAUGGAAUGUUAAGUUUGGACCUCAAACUGCAAAGUAUCCAAGAAGAAAUCCGAAAGGUUCAGAUACAUCAAGAAGAAGUACAGUCAAGCCUGAGAAUAAUGAAUGCGCUGAGCAGUAAAGAGAAAGAGAGGUAUAUGAAAGCAAAGGAGCUGAUACCUGCUGACCUGGAAAAUACUCUUGCUGAGCUGACAGAACUAGAUGGGGAAGUACAAGAAGCUAUACACAUGAGACAGGCUACCUUGAAUAAAUUAUAUAGCCUCUGCCAAAGAUACUACCAAGUGAUGCAGAUAGCAAAUGACUGGCUUGAAGAUGCUCAGGAAUUUCUACAUUUAGCAAGAAAUGGUCUUGAUGUCGAGAACUCUGAGGAGAACCUAAGGCAUCACACUGAAUUUUUCAGCACAGAAAGUCUGUUCAGUAAUCAUUUGAAAGAGUUACAGGGCCUUGUGUCUGAGAUAGAUCCCUUUAUGGAAGCCACAGCAAGAGAGCAGUUGAUGCAGAGUGUAGCUGCAUUGGAGGAAAAGGCCGAAAGAACAAAGCAAGAGGCCAAAACCCAGCAAGAGCAGCUGCAAAGGUGUGCUUCUGAGUGGCAGGAGUACCAGACAGCAAGACAGAAGGUUAUUGAAGUGAUGAAUGAGGCUGAGAAAAAAUUAUCUGAAUUCUCAGUAGCUAAAGCUGCUUCUUCUCACGAAGCAGAAGAGAAAUUGCUAACACAUAAGACUCUUGUGGCUGUAGUGAAUUCUUUCCAUGAGAAGAUCACAGCCCUAGAAGAAAAGACUGCACAACUGGAAAAAGUUAGCAAUGAUGCCAGUAAGGCAACUAUAAGUAGAUCCAUGACAACAGUUUGGCAGCGCUGGACACGACUCCGGAAUGUAGCUCAAGAACAAGAGAAAAUUUUGGAAGAGUCAGUGCAGGAAUGGGAAGGCUUAAAUGAUAAGAUUCAGAAAGCCACCAUAGCAAUAGAUCAGCUGCAAGGCCGCUUGCCAGAAAGCUCGGUGGAAAAGGCAUCCAAGACAGAGCUCCUGGAACUCCUGGAUUACCACAGCAGUUUCCUUCUGGAGGUAGACCACCAGCUAUCAUCUUUGGGCUUGCUCAAACAGCAUGCUGUCAGCAUGCUUCAGGAUGUGGAAUUAAAGUCUCCAUCUCAGGAGGAGCUACCAGUCAUGCAAGAAAUCAAAGCAAUGCAAGAUCGAUGCCACAAUAUGCAACAGAAAGUGAAAAAAGGUGUGAAGAUGGUGAAACAGGAGCUGAAGGAGCGUGAGGAGGUUGAAGCAGAGAUUAAUAUUGUGAAGUCCUGGAUACAGGAAACAAAAGAAUAUUUAUUAAGCUCUGAUGUAGAAGUAGAUACUCAGCUUCAGGAGCUGCAGUGUCUCCUUGAGGAAGUAACUACUCAUCGCCAGGCUGUUGAAAAAAUGGCCGAACAACAACAGAAUAAGUACUUGGGGCUUUAUACCAUUUUGCCUUCUGAACUCUCUCUUCAUUUAGCAGAAGUUGGGCUGGCCCUUGUAACUGUACAGGAUCAGAUUCAAACCAAAGAAAGAGAAACUCAGAAGGUCAAAACAUUAAAUCAAGAGUUUGGUCAGAAAAUCCAGGAGAUAGCAAAUGAACUAAAUGCCAUUCUUUCCAAACUGAAAACGAAAACAAAUGAUAUAGCACAAGCUAAACUUGAACAAAAG